AUGCCUCUCAACUUCAGCUCCAGACAGAAGCGCGGCGAGUACCAUGACGGGAAAGCGCAAAGUACCGGAAGAGUCAACACGUUCGGCCAGGUCGCUAUACAAUUCCACAGGAACACGACGCAUCUGAAAUACUGGUUCGACAAGCUUCAGAAAGAUUCCGCGGCAUGCCGACCGCCGGGAUGCGCAAAACCGAGGAGAGGCAGCACGACUCUGGUGGAUGAGUUCAUCAGCGACAAGACCAGCAGUAUCGGCGCACCGCGACUGAACAUAGCGAUACAUAUCUGCGGGUCUCGCGGCGAUGUGCAGCCUUUCAUUCCGAUUGCAAAGCUGCUUCAGGCUGCGCCACAUCACCAUCGAGUGCGCAUCUGCACGCAUCCCGCCUUCAAGGACUUUGUGGAAAGCAAUGGAGUGGAGUUCUUUUCCAUCGGAGGCGACCCCGAAGCACUCAUGGCGUACAUGGUGAAGAACCCAGGGCUGAUUCCAAACAUGCAGUCCAUCAAAGCCGGUGACAUUGGCAAGCGACGAAAAGAGAUGGCCGAGAUGAUGGAGGGGACCUGGAGAAGUUGCAUCGAGGCGGGCGAUGGCAUGGGCGAGAGAGUCUCAGCAUUGGACGUAGACGCGCCUGAGGAUUUGUUCAUCGCAGAUUGCAUCAUUGCGAACCCGCCGUCCAUGGGCCACAUCCACUGCGCGGAGAAGCUUGGCAUUCCGCUGCACAUGGUCUUCACCAUGCCGUGGUCGCCAACAAAGGCCUUCCACCACCCGCUGGCAGCCAUGGAGUAUGGCGAAGUUGAGAGGUCUGUCGCGAACUACUUCAGCUUCGGCAUCAUGGAGCUGCUCACUUGGCAGGGCCUAGGCGAUGUCAUCAACAAGUUCAGGACGCAGACCUUGCACCUAGACGCUAUUAGCCCGCUCUGGGGUCACCUCUUGCUUUCGAGACUUCGCGUCCCAUAUAGCUACCUAUGGUCACAGGCUUUGAUCCCGCGACCAAAUGACUGGGACUCACACAUCAGCAUUACCGGUUUCUCGUUCCUGGAUGCCGGGUCGAACUACACACCGCCGGACGACUUGGCUGAGUUUCUUGCGAAAGGUCCUCCUCCGGUGUACAUCGGCUUUGGCAGCAUAGUGGUAGAUGAUCCAGUGGCUCUCACCAAACUCAUCUUUGCCGCCGUGAAGCUAGCAAAAGUCAGAGCGAUAGUCUCCAAGGGCUGGGGCGGCGUGGGUGCGGGUGAUGUGCCGGAUGAUGUGUAUCUCAUUGGCAAUUGUCCGCACGAUUGGCUCUUCCAACGGGUUUCGUGUGUGGUCCAUCACGGAGGUGCGGGUACAACGGCUGCUGGUAUUGCCUUGGGUAGGCCUACGGUUGUUGUGCCCUUCUUCGGUGACCAACCCUUCUGGGGACAGAUGAUCGCAAAGGCUGGAGCUGGUCCAAUGCCCGUCCCGUUCAAGCAGAUGACUGCCGAGAGCCUUGCGACAAGCAUUACCUUUGCGCUGCAAGAUUCUGUCAAAGUCGCAGUUCAGAAGAUGGCAGAAAGUAUUGCAGAGGAAGAUGGUGCCGGAGAUACUGUACGCGACUUUCAGCAAAAGCUGGGCAUCGAUGGAAUGCGAUGCCAUAUCUGUCCGGAUCGCCUCGCUAUAUGGCGUGACAAAGAGACUGGCGCACAUUUGAGUGGUUUCGCAGCCUCCGUGCUUGUCCAAGAAAGACUGUUAGAUCUGAAGCAUCUGCGUUUGCUGCAACAUCGGCAUUACUAUACCCAUGAAGGCGCUGAAGGUCCAUUAACCGGUGUUGUCGCUGUUUUCGGAGGGCUCAUGGCUUCUCUAGGCACAGAUACAGCUGAGUUCUCGCAACGACUGAAGAAAAGACCUCGCGAGACUGACGCCGACGUCGAAGCCUUGAGGAGAGUGCCGACCGUCGAUGAGCCUGACCUGGAAAAAGGCAUUACGUCCAAACACUUCCAUCACCUGGCGUACAGAAUGGCGGCCAAGUCAUGCGAUGACGACUACACGCACAAUUUCGAGAAGCCGCAGAACCGCCCGGGCAUCUCAGCUCUUCGCGAGAAGAUUGCUGCGAGGAGAGCAAGAGGAGGCCGUGGCUACCAAAUCACAAGCGCUACCGCGCAUUACGUUGGUGAUCUCGCGGCUACAGGAGCCAAAACCCCAGUCGCCUUCUUCUACAACAUCGCCAACGGCUUCCGGAACUUACCCUCAUACGCAAUCCACAACGACCCCGCGCGACAAAGAGACGAAAUAACCGGUUUCGGCAGCGGCUGCAAGCUCGCCGGCAAAGAAUUCGUGCUCGGCCUCAGCGACGCACUCGUAGGCAUCGUCCGCCACCCCUAUCUCGGCGCGAAACAAGAAGGCGCCAUGGGCUUUGGCAAAGGAAUUGGGCGAGGUCUAGCUGGGCUAUAUCUCCAUUUGGGAGCCGACCUGAAGCGCGCAGCAUGGCAGGUCGCGCUAUCUGCAGCGACAGCUGCGAUUGGUGUUUUCAUGUUCAAAUUGGUGAAAAUGCGCAUGAUCUUCUACAGGCUCAAAAAGCAGGGCAUGCCAGUUCCGGCAUGGAACUUCGCAGUCGGAAAUCUCACAGUAUUACCAGACCUCCUCAAGCAAUUUCCCGAAGGCUCGCAGCAAUCCGAUGCUUUUACUCUGCUCGCAAACGACUUCCCAGACUCGGACAACUGCUUCUACGUCGAUCUCUGGCCGUUCACUAGUCCGCUCAUGAUAGUCACGUCGCCCGAGAUGGCGAUGCAGGCCUGUCAAGAAUACGACCUGCCCAAGCCGCCCAUUUUGAUUCCGUUCUUUGCGCCGUUCGCGGGCGGCGCGAAUCUUUUCGACAUGAAUGGCGCGGAGUGGAAGAGGUCGAGGGCGCUGUUUAACCCGGGUUUUAGUGAUAGGGUUAUGAUGGAGAGCACGCCGCAUAUUAUUGAGGAAGCUGAGGUCUACGUGGGGUUGCUGCGAGAGCAUGCGAAGAAAGGGGAUACGUUUUCUUUGGAUCGAUUGACGUGUGAUUAUAUGAUGGAUCUCAUCGGCGUCAUCACCAUCAACGCACGCCUCCACUCCAUGACCAGCCACAACGCCCUCGCAGCAGCGAUGCGAAGCUCCAUAGAAUGGAAUUGCCGGGACCAGGAGAUGAAUCCGUUCAAGCGCUGGAACCCGUACCGCCCCUGGAUCGAAUGGCGAAACGGCAAAACGAUGGAUCGCUACAUCAGCACGGAGCUCGACAAGCGCUAUGAAGAUUGGCGUAGCAACAAGCCGUCCACCCGCGCCAAGUCUGUCAUGGAUAUCACGAUAGCCGCGUACAUGGGCGAGCGCAAAGGAGCGGCCAAGCUGGACCCUGAGUUCAAGCGGUGGGCGACGGUUCAGAUUCGGCUCUUCCUGUUCGCUGGACACGAUUCGACGGCCGCUACCAUCGUAUACAGUCUCUACAUGCUAUCCAAACACCCAGAAGCCCUGGCCAAAGCCCGCGCAGAGCUCGACGAAGUCUUUGGCGCGGGCAACGACACAGCCGCCGGUGUGCUCAAGCAGCAUCCAGAGCAGAUCAACAAGCUGCCUUACAUGAACGCCGUAGUCAAGGAGACUCUCCGCCUCUUCCCACCCGCUUCAGGCAUGCGAGGCGGUCUCCCAGGCGUCUUCCUCCGCGACAAAAAUGGAAACAAAUACCCCACCCAAGACAUCAACAUCUGGGUCGUCCACGGCGCAAUCCAGCGUAACCCGCACUACUGGCCCGAGCCUCACGCCUUUUUACCCGAGCGCUGGCUCGUCGAGCCUGGCCAUGCUUUGUAUCCGCCAAAGGGAGGAUGGCGGCCUUUUGAAUUUGGGCCGAGGAAUUGCGUUGGCCAAACGCUGGCGAUGCUGGAUAUUAAGAUUACGCUGGCUAUGACGGUCCGCGAGUUUGAUGUGAAGGAUAUGUAUGAGGAGUGGGAUCGAAGGUAUCCGUCAAAGGGGAUUAAAGAGGUGUUUGGCGAGAGGGCGUAUCAGGUGCCGCAGGGGGCGGCGCAUCCGGUGGAUGGGUUUCCUUGUAAGGUGAGUAUGCGGGAGUCGUAG